UCUUAUACUACUAAAAGGGGGAUAUAGAGAGCAGGGAAGGUGUCCACGUCGGAUUGUUUAUUCGAACCAAUCAGGAGCGUCGCAAUUGACACGUCAUCCCGGGCUCGCGGUUUGCGAUUUCUAUCUGGUAUGUGUUGUGGGCUUCACCGAAUGUUGUGGGCUUCACCAAAGUUUUGUGGCCUAUAUUGGAGUUUAGCGUCGUUUUUGCCGUAAUUGAAACCUCGAAGAAUCCGUCGAGGGAUGAGAUUCUCAUCGCUGCUACCUCUUCGUCUUCUCCGAUCGAUGAGCAGAGAAGCCGAGAUCUAAUCGAUCCACUUCUAUACAAUCAAUAUACCUCCUUAAUGAUUUCGUUUCACCUCCCCCUUUUCAUCCUCCUUUAUAUACUCCUUUUCAUCCUCCUUUAUAUACUGAUCUUCUCUAUUAUCCAAAACCCUAGAACCACUCAAAUCUCGAUCCAUGGCGAUGAAACGAAAUGGGAAGUCUCCUGUCUCCUCCGACCCUGAUGAACAAGUCAUGUUCUUCAAGGAUGUCUCUCUAGGUCCACAUGAGACUCAGCUUCGCUUCCGGCUCAUUCAUUUCUGGGAGGCUCGAAACCCGGUCAAGAAGACGCUGAUUGGCCUCGAAAUGCUCCUCAUUGACGAACAGGUGCGUCGAUUCUCCAAAAAUAGUUUCCAUUUUUUAGAUCUAUGUUUCCGAGAAUUUAAGCUAGGGUUUCGAUGAUUAUUUAGACGUGUGCUUAUACGCUUGGUAAAUAAGUUAUAGUAUUGUUUCAAUUGUUUCUGUUUUAAUUCUUUGGUUUCAUUUAUUUCUAAGGUUUCAUUCUCAUUUUGUACGUCGAUUCUUCAAAAAUAGUUUCCAGUUUUAUAUCUAUGUUUCCGAGAAUUUUAAGCUACGGUUUCGAUGAUUAUCUAGACGUGUGCUUAUACGCUUUGUUAAUAAGUUAUAGUAUUGUUUCAAUUGUUUCUGUUUUAAUUCUUCGGUUUCAUUAUUUUCUAAGGUUUCAUUCGCAUUCUCAUUUUGUGAUUUGUUAUUUUUUUCCGACAUUAGGGAACUGUUAUUCAAGGAUUCAUCCCACCGGGACGAAUUAAGAAGUACUUACCUGACAUGAAACGUGGCUCAGUUUACAAACUCAUCAACUUCUACGGGUCGAAAAAUAAACCGGUGUAUCGGGUUACUGAUCAUGUCGCAACCGUGUCUUUCGCGUGGAACUCUGAGAUGUCUGUUCUUCACGAGAUUCCCAUCUCUUUUGAUGAAGACCGUUUCAGGUUUCAUUCAUACGAAGAUUUUGAAGCCAACUGUGAUCUCAAAGGCGACCUCUACGAUGUUGUUGGUCACAUGAAGCUGGUCGAUGGCCAGACUCUAAUUGAGCGUCCCAGCCUUGAUCUUGCGAAGAUCGCUACCACUCGGCACAUUGUGGUUCACGUGCAGUCACAUGAGGGACCUGUGAUGAAGCUUUACCUUUGGGACCAGGCUGCAACAGACUUCUGCGAGAAGUUCAACUCCUGCGAAAACACUCCCACAGUGCUUUUGGUCACCACUGUUAACACCAAACGUCUCGGAGGUACCCUUGCCCUGACCUCUAUGUCUCCUACACGGGUUUUCAUGGACUCUGAUGUCCAACCAACCAGAGAUUAUUUCACCUGGCUGGGCUCUAACCCAGAGAUUGCUAAUCAAGUUAGCGCAGACGUCAUCACUAAGCGUGAGACACUGAGUAUAGCAGAGAUAUUCUCCUACAUGACUCAGGAAUCCGCCAAGGCUGCCUUUUUUGAGUGCACGGCUACGAUUGAUGAUGUUGUGCAUGGCUAUCCUUGGUACUAUAUUGGAUGCAGUGGGUGCCAUUCUAAGGCUACCAACGGCCCGAGUUCGUUGAUUUGUACAAACCCAAAAUGUGAGAAGGUUAACACAGAUGGCGUUGCACAAUACCGUGCAAAGAUUUCUGUUUACGACAACAGUGAACAAGCUUUCUUUGUCCUGCUUGGAGAUGCUGGUCGGGAGUUGACUGGGAGGCACGCAUCCGAGUUAGUUAGUAGCUACUUUGAGGCUAAUAAGAGCGAAGGAGCUGACCAUGAGGUGCCUGUCCCAGAAGCUCUAAUCAGCACCAUCGGACAAACACAUAAGUUCUGUGUGAAAGUUACAGACCACAACUUCUCAGGCAAUACCCGAGCUAUCACUGUCACCAAGAUCCUGUCUCUAGACCCAACACCACCCACGGAAGCCUCAGUGAGAAAUGACAUUGCUGCAAUGUCCGAGGAAGCAGCACAGACUGGAAACGACGUAUGUGGACCUCUCAAAGGCCGUGGAGUCUCUGGAGAUGAGGAGAGCAAGCGGAUGUGUAGCAGUGCUGAUCCAGAGACAGCUAAACGCCCAAGAUGUGAGAAUUAGAGCCUCGGUUCCUUGAUGCAAUUGAGUUGGUUUUUUAAAUUUGCUGCUGUUUAAGUACAUUUUUGUUUAAGUUAAAGACAAUGCUUAGUUUGUUUUCAUUUUCAGACUUUGUCUUUCAAUAAUUUGAACUACCUUUCUUAUAGACUCUGUUGUUUCUUAUAAUCUCUGUUGACUAUCUACAUAUCUGAGCAAAAUGUAGAAAAUAGAUUGAGUUUCUGUAUGUUUUUAAAACAAUUAUACCAUGAUUUCUUAUCAUGAUUCUAUAUUACUGAUAUCAAUUAUACACAUUUAGAAAGUUUAGAGCAUGUGCUACAUUCACGGUAGGAAUAUUUGAACUAACCAAUUAUACGUUUGUGAAACUUUAGGAAGUUUUCCAUAUUCACAAUUAUCAUAUAUUCUUAUGCUUAGAAAGAAAAACCCCUUAACCUUAACCUAACUAAUCUUCAACGCCUCUCUCAGCCCAAUGCUUCUCUCCAAUUCCCUUCUACUUCGAACAGGUAUUGUCACACUAAUAUUGGCCAGUUUCAUUUUGUUUUUUGUAGAUUGGUUUCACCAUAGGGUAUUGAUGUUUUAUCGUUGGUUUCAACUGAUGGGUUCUGUUUCUCUUAGUCCCUUUUAUAUUUUUUCGAUUAUUCUGUGUUCAUUUACGUUCUGAUAUGUUUUAUGUGCCUUUGGUAUGAAAGGCCUGAGCUUUCUCUGUUUUGGUCUUUUAUUACUCAUCUGUGAAUAUUGGUCUCACUAUAGUGUAGGGAUUUUGAUGAGAGCUUAUCAUAUUCUGCUCUGUUUUAGUGGUGGAAAUUAUGAUAUUUCAUUCCAUUGUUCAGUUUGUUAGGAUCUGGAAUACUUGAGCUUUUUCGGUGUUGGUCCAUCUACCUACAAAUCUAUUUAUAGUUUUUUAUGGCUUUUCCUUCUUGAAUAAAAAAAAAUUGAAGAAUCAACCUUUUUUUUUUUGUUUUCGUGAGGGGUUUAAGUUUCUUUUUGGUAUUUGGAAUAAAAAUAUAGUAUUAUAAUAAUUUAUAAAAAAAUAAUUAACAAUAUUAAAAAAAAAUUAAAAAUAGUUUCAAACAUAACUUCGAUUUUCAAUUUUUUUUUUGAGAAAACAGUUUAUGGAAAAAAACUUUUUAAAAACAUUUAUAAAAAAGUUAGAUUUUAAAGAAUUAUAAUUCCAAACCUUAAAUUUUUUAAAAAAAUUUAUAUAUUGCUUUUUCUCAGAUCCAAUUUCUGCCGGUACAAAACUUUAUGCAAAUUGAUAAAAAAAAAUAUAUUAAUGUGAUAUAAAAUUCUGUGGAAAUAGAUAGUCCAAUUAAAACUAUAAAUUAAUAAUUUCUAUGCAUAUAUAUUUUAUACAAAUAAGAACCAAUCAUUAUAAUGGUUGUCUUAUAUUCAUAAUGGAAUUGUUUUAUAUUUCGUUAACACUUAAAUAUUUAAUAUUUACAUUACCGCUACCUAUGCCAAUGAAACCAUUAUUUCAAUAAAUAUCAAUAACUAUCGAUAAUACUUUUUCUUUUCUUCUUACAUUCAGUGAUUAUUUUAAGCCAAACACUGUUUAAUAUUAAUCAUAAUUUAGAUAAAAAUAUAUUAAUCUAAUAUAAUAUUUUACUUUAACAAUUUUAUAGCAAUUACCCGGGCGUAGCCCGGGAACAGCUCUAGUAAACCUAAAAAAAAAAUGAAGACCAUUCUAGAGGCUUGAUUGAAAGAAAAAAAUGAUUUUGUAUUUGGUUAAAGCGUGUUAUAUAAUUUUUUAAAUCAUAUUUGUUAAUGUGUGAAAAGUUCAAAAACUACACUUAAUUAACUUAUAACGGAAGGAAUAAUAUUAUUUUAUGUUCUAUCCGUUCUUCAACCCUUCUUUACGUUUCGUUUUGUUUCGUUUCAUUACAUAAUUAAGAGCAUUUAGUACAAAAACUAAUACACUAAGGGUGUGACCGGUGACCAAGGGAAUGAGGAGGAACACUAUAUUCUUUAAUAUUCCUUAAAUUUUUUACCAUUAAUGUGGAAUGGAUUUUCCUUUUCAUUCCCAUUCAUUUCUUUGUUCGUAGAGAAUUAUAGAACAAAUUUAUUCCUCAUUAAUUUUGACAAGGAACCAUCAUUCCUAAAAUUUUAUUCCUAUUCAUUCAUUUCCUAUCCGUUCCUAUUGUUUUUAUGAUGGUCACCAGUCACAUCCUAACUCUUUUUAGUUUCGUGAGGUUAACACAAACUAUAAUUAUAUGGAAUUAAUUUCGAGAUUCAGCAAAGCUCAAAAAAAUAAUCAAACCAACAAAGAGUUCAUACUUAAACUAAAACGAGUUGAACAACUAAGCUGAAAACAUUAAACUAUCAAAAAUAUCAUCUUUUUUUUUUGUAAAUCAAAUCACUAUCCCCUAAAUAUUAACUGAUAAUCAUUUCAAAAGUUGUAACCUUAAAUUUAUACUAAUUGAAAAGAGACCAUACGUAGGUGUCACUUAAUUAGAAUGCAAAUUUAGCUUACGUGACAGUUUACGGAUCAGUUGAAAAAAAUGUUAAUCCAAAUUCAAUUACUAGGGAACAUUAUAAUAUAAGAAACAUAUAUUAUUUAUUUAAAUAAAA